AUGGGGUUUGCGCCGAGGCUGUGGGGCUUCCAAGACCUCCCUGAUAAUUGGAAGAUGGUGGUGAUGGAUGCGGUCGACGGCGACAGCUACAAGCUAGUCUUCGAUCUUGAGCUGAGACUGGCGGAUCUGCAUGCAGCGAUUUGGGAAAAGCUGAAGGAGUUCCAUGGUAGGGGCUUUGUGCACGGAGACAUUCGUGAUGCCAACCUCAUGGCGCGGACGAGCCCUGUGGCUGGUGAGAGCGCGUUUAUGCUGCUUGACUUUGACUGGGCUGGGCGGGCUGGGGAAGCACGGCAUCCAAAGAAUCUGUACAAGGGGUGGAGCCUUUGGCGACCGUCGAGAGUUGGAGGCGGUGGGCUCAUCCUGGCAGAUGAUGACCUGGAAAUGUUGGAUGGGUAUUUUCCGGCAAGCGUAUACAAUGUGGGCUCGUAA